AUGACAGCGGUGGAUCUUCUCAGGUCUGGCCGAAACGACUUCGUGGUCUUGGAGCGCUACGAGGCAUUUGGUGGGACGACAUGGCGAGACGUGGCCAACGAAACCACAAAGUUGCAGACUGAGAAGGGCACUUAUGUUCCGGAGUACCUGGACCCAGAAGUGCACGCGCAGGAGGACCAGAAGACCUGGCCUUCUCGCGACAGCAUCCUGGACAUGUGCGUUGCAUGUGCUGAAAAGCAUGGCCUGGAGGACAAAGCCAAGUUCAACACCUCUCUGGAGAAGGUUGAGGUGAAAGGAGACCUCCUAGCUGGUGGGCAUAUUGAGUUGAGCCUCACAACUGAAGACUCGUCCGAGACCCUCAAGUGCUCUGCAAUGAUCUCAUGCCCUGGUGUUUUCUACAACCCCAUUGACGUCAAGUGGCCCGGGCGUGAGGAGUUCGGAGGCUACAUCACACAUGGAUCCUACGAUAGCAUUAACUACGACAAGCUCAAGGAUGCGUCUGUUUGCAUCGUGGGGCAUGGUGGCUUCACCAUCGAGAAUGUUCGCACAUGCGUAGAGCGCAAGUCGAAGAAGAUUUACGUUGUCUGCCGGCAUCGUCACCUUGCCGGCCCUAAGAUGGUAUCCUGGAUGGUCAGCGGCGCUGCAAUUCCGAUCCCAGGGCCUUUCGUUGUUGAAGCAUUCCAAAUGAUGUACGACUUGCUGGGAGUUGACGUUUGGUCCCAUCCUGUUGUGAACGCCAACGCGGACAGAUCUAGUGCUGUCCUGACCCAGACGACCACUUUCGGUGUGACGGACAUUUAUUUCUUGGCAUGCUACUACAAGGUGUGCGAGGUGAUCAACGGCGAGAUUGACAAGCUCAGUAAAGGCAAAGUCCACCUGAAGGACGGCCAGGAAUUGGAAUGCAAUGUCAUUAUGAAGUGCUUGGGAAGCCAUGGGGCUACAGAUUUUGACGACAUCAUUGGCUUCAAGUUCUACCAGGGCUGGUGGGUGAAUGGCGAGGCGCUCAUGCCCGUGAUGGCUCCAGCAAAAGGCGUGCAAGCCAAGAAUUUCGGAGGUUUCAGCUUGGCUCCAGGUUACGCUGGGCAGAUUAUCACGAACCGCUACUUCAUCGAUUACCCUGACAAGUUCGUAGGUGUGCGCGAUUGGCUGCCGAAGCAGACGCGGGACGAUCACUACGAGUGCAACUACAUUUACAAGGGUGCCCAUGUGCUGGCGACCAUGGUCAUCUUGCAGACUCAAUUUCCGGACCUGGCCGCGGAGCUGGGCGAAGCUGACAAGCUCAAGGCCUACAAGCACAUCAAGGCCCACCCCUUGGAGAAGCACCUCGAUGAGUGCCUCAAGGAGUGGAAGAUGUACAUCAAGAUGAUGAAGGAUCAUGGACAGAUUCCCGCAGAUGCGGAGGAAGUUGAGUAUCCUUACACGAAGGAGAACAUCAUGCAGCUCGACCAGAGGUGCCAGGAAGCCAUGAAGGCCGAGUGGGAGAAGAUGAUGUCCAAGAAGGCCAAGGCCGGCAAGUGA